AUGGCGGUUUGGCGCUGGUCGUUGAAAGCUGAGUUUGGCUGGCCGAAAUCGAUUAGUGUCUGUCAUUCGGACAAGGUUCCGAGGCUAGGACGAUUCAGGCUUAGUGUCCGAACACGACCUAGUCCCGAAACUCUAAUCCGGGCUGCCACGAGAACCCGAAAGGCCGGGAGGGCAAAGGAGAUAUGA